GGCUGGCGCGGGGGGCGGCGGCGUCCCGGCAACUCGGCCGGCGCUGAGGAGCAAGUUGCGCGGCUCUGGCCGGGGUGAACCUGGCCGGCCACUCGGUGCAGGGGGGCAUGGCCCUGCCGCCUCCCCCGCACGGCCACGAAGGGGCGGCAGGAAGCAGGACAUAGGCGACAUCCUCCACCAGAUCAUGACCAGAGCUUGGACGAGGCGCAAGCAAAGAAACAUGCCCUGAACUGUCAUAGAAUGAAACCCGCUCUCUUCAGCGUCCUGUGUGAGAUCAAAGAGAAAACAGGUGCAGUUGUACAUGCCUAUAAUCCCAGCUACUCCGGAGCCUGAGGCAGAAGGAUCACAAGUUCAAGGAGCACUUGCCUUGAAAAGCAACUCCUGAGCUUGUUUUCUGAGACUUCAUUGUGUAUCCGAAUCCAUUUUCGACGGGAAGCUCCCAAGUGUGCUGGACUACAGCGACCCGGUUCACCAAGCCGCCCCCAGCACCCGCCCCAGGCGGCAGGAGGGGAUUUAACUGGACAAAAGAUUCUGGUCCCCUGGGAAUAUGAGCUCUUGGCCCCAGUCCCUGGACCCUCCAACAGAACACCUUCCCUCAUCCGGCUUGUGAUCCUCCCCAGAGCAAGGGGGCUCUGGUGACCAGGUAAUGAUUGGAUGGGCCCACAGGGGCCAGGAGGAGGUCACUCCUCCAAGACUCAAGGAGAGAGAGGUGGUGUGGGAAAAUAGGCAGCUGAAAGAAGAGAGAGCAGCAUCCUGGUGGAAAGAAGAUCGAAAGAGAGAAAAAUAGAGAAUCAGAUGAAGGAGAGAGAGAGAGAGAGAGAGACAGAAAAGGAGAGAGAGAUGUGGGGAAUGAGAAUGAGGAAUUAGAAAAAAAAUAAAAGACAGUGAAGAGACAUCUCUCUAUAUACCUAUAUCUUUACACACACGCGCACGCACACACACACACACACACACACAGAUCAGAGAUUAUACAACAAAAGGAGGAGAGAGAUCACGGACAUAGAAGGGAUCAACAGAAACGGAAAGACUGAGCUAGAAUCAAAGAUUCAGGGACACAGGAGACUGGACUGUCUUUGGUGUUGGUGGCUAAUCAUGGAAGCUGAAGGGAGGAGCCAGCAGGGGAAGCAAAGGAAGGGGCGAAUUUGCAGCACCCUCUUACCUGAGAGAUACCCAGCUGCAGGGACUCUGACCUCCACAGUGGGUGAGUGACUUCCCAGGCUGGGCUUGGGGCCCUGAGGUGGGCAACAGGUAUGAGACUCAUGUCUAGUCUCCUCUGAGGCAGUGGUUCACUAUGGAGGAAGGCUGGGAGAAGAAAUGAAAACCAGAAUCCUAGCAUAUUAAAACCAUGGGGUCCUUAAAUAGAACUCCUUUGCUUCACAGGCAGAAAUGAGGCCCUGGAUUCUGGUGAUGCAGAGGCAUAGCUGGAGCCUAUGCCUUCACUCCUAAUCUCAGAGUUUGCCCCAGAACACUGCCUUCUGUAAGGGAGGGAGCUGGAGGGGCCGAGGCUUUGAUCAUGAGAGAGCAGUACAAUACAUACAUGAGCACUCAGCCCUACAGAAGGCUCUCUGCUGUAGGAGUGGGGAGACCGAGACAUUCUCCACAAGAAGGACAGAGGGGUCACUUGCACUCCCGGCGCCGCCACCGUACCACCUUCAGCCCAGCACAGUUGGAGCAGCUGGAAUCAGCCUUUGGGAGGAAUCAGUACCCAGACAUCUGGGCCCGAGAGGGUCUCGCACGGGACACGGGCCUCAGUGAGGCCAGAAUACAGGUCUGGUUCCAGAACCGCAGAGCUAAGCAACGGAAGCAAGAAAGAUCAUUGCUCCAGCCACUGGCCCAUCUCUCGCCUGCCACCUUCUCUGGAUUCUUGCCAGAGUCCCCUGCUUGUCCCUAUUCCUACACAACACCACCUCCAACAGUAACCUGCUUCCCUCACCCCUAUAACCAUGCCCUUCCCUCACAGCCCUCCACAGGUGGUUCAUUUUCUCUACCCCACCAGACUGAGGACUGGUAUGCCACUUUGCACCCAACAGCCACUGGUCAUCUGCCCUGUCCCCCACCUCCAUCUGUGCUCCCUCUCAGCCUUGAGCCACCAAAGUCCUGGAACUAGAGUCAAACUAGUAAAUAAGGUCAUCUCUAGCCUAUGGCCCUCAUAAAACAGAAAAUUGGGUGGCUUCCUUCCCUUCUAAGGGUGAUACAAAUCUCUGUAUUUGUAUAUGUAUAUGAUAAGGGGCAGCUCAGAGUUUGGAAAUAUUUUAAAAUGGGAAAUAUUUCUGGGCAUGGUGGAGCACACCUGUAAUCUCAGUGAUAGGAGGCUGAGGCAAGAGAAUUGCAAGUUCAAAGCCAGCCUCAGCAACUUACCAAGGCCCUAAGCAACUUGGUGAAACCCUGUCUCAAAAUAAAAGAUAAAAAGGCCUGUGGAUGUGGCUCAGUGAUUAAAUGCCCUGGUUUAAUCUCCAGAACCAAAACAAUUGUUUUUGAUGAAUUCUCACUCAGGUGAUGAAAUGAGAAAAUUUGGGGAGGUGAACUUCCAAGAGAUAUAGGUUAAAAAGCUUCAGUAGAGGUGACUAGUGGAAGGGUGAUAUUGAUGGAGAAAAUGGUUGCUGCUGUUGAAUGGGGAUGGUUGAACGAGGCAGAACUUGAGGGGCUUCAUUCAUUGAGGUCCUGAUUGAAGAACUUCAUCCAGCUGUCUCUAGCCGAUUUUUUGGAGCAGGAGGCAGUACUGGGGAUUGAACUAAGGGGCACUCAACCACUGAGCCACAUCCCCAGCCCAAUUUUGCAUUUUUAUUGAGAAGCAGAGUCUCACUGAGUUGCUUAGCACCUCGCCAUUGCUGAGGCUGGUUUUGAACUCACAAUCCUCCUGCCUCAGCCUCCCAAGCUGCUGGGAUUACAGGCAAAAGAGCCACUGCACCUGGCUCUAGCUGAUUUUAAUAAGCCUUUUGAUUUAAAUUCUACCUAGACCCCCCCUUCCCCAUCACCAUCACUCACGACCCCAUUCACUUUGGUAGAUUCUGUUCUAGAACUAUCUCCUGAGUUGGUCCCUCUUCUUCCCAUGCCAACAGACCCUCUGCUUUUCCUGGCACUGUAUUUUGUGACUUCCCAUCUUCAUUGCUUCCUUCAGCUCCAGUCUUUCCCAUCUCCAAGAGACCUUUGCAAAUAUGAACGUCAAGGAAUGGCUCUCCAAUAUCUAAUAAGAAAUUCAUUAAUAAGAUCUGACUAGCUUAGCCUACAGGAGCCUUCAACCUAAUUUUUAAAUCAGUUGCAUGUUUUCACAUAUGUGGUUUGGAUAGAGAAGAAGUACUCUGAUUGAAGGCAAAUUUGUCCAAGAACAAACCAUCUGAGGCUCAUACCAUAUCAUUCCUAGGAAAGGACCUGCCAAAAAGUGCCUUGAUCUGAGCUCCUCCCAAAAGAAUCAUGAUGUAGCCUGGUUGGUCCUACAGUUUCUAUACCAUAUUGCCUAAAAUAUACUUGUUUUUACUUGUAAUUCACUUAUUUAUGUGUUGGCUUACCUCCCUUAUUGGCAGGUCCACAGAAGGAUAUUUAGUAGUCAGGCUUCUAGUGAUGGAAACUCAUGUAGUUUGUAGUUUUUUUUAUAUAUGAGAAGUCUGAAAUCAAAAUUCCUAUACUAAACAUUUGCAUUCUUUUCUAAUUAUCUCUUUGUGCCAGACGGCCUUCCAGAAAGAUAGUACAGUCAGGUCUUUAUAUUUGUAGGUUCUGCAUCCCAGAGUUAACCAACUGCAAAUCAAAAAUAUUCCCCCCAAAAUUGCAUCUGUACUGAGCGUGUACCAACUUUUUAUUGGCAUUAUUUCCUAAACAAUACAGUAUAACAAGUAUUUACAUAGCAUUGCAUUAGUUAUUUAAAAGAAUAUAGAGAUGAUUUUAUGUAUACUGGGAUGUGUGCACAGACAUAUAACAUUUUGUAUCAGGGACUUGAGCAUCCUUGGGUUUCAGUAUCUGCAGAAGAUUGUUGAACGAGUCCCCCCCAUCCUGAGGGAUAGCUCUACUAGUUUUCAUUCCACCAAAAGAACCUGGAUGGUUAGUUUGGGUGCAUCCUUGUUGACUUUUAUGACUUCUGACAAUUUGUUAACUGAGAGUGAUGGCUCCUUGUUGCUUAUUUUUUAAAUUUUCAUUACUUGCUAGUGGGAGUUAAAAUAGUUUUGUGUUUAUUAGAAAUGUAUAAGUUUUCUUUUCUGCAUUACCUCUGAAUUAUCUGUGGCUCUGUAUAUUAAUGUAAUCACCUUUUAGUCAUGCUUGAGAUAUUGUGUAUUAGGGGUAUGAACAUAUGUUUGUGGGUGUUACAACUACCUUUCAUGAAUUGUCAUUUGUUUUUAGCCUUUCUCAAAAAGAGUUUCCUUGAGAGAACUGAACCCCAAUUCCUUAGACACUGUAUUAAUGCAUUAACUUCUGCCUUAAAUAUAUAGAAUGAUACCAAUUUCAUAGAAUUUAGUCUUUCAGUUCAUUUCUGUGUUCUAUGGGUCAUAAGACAGAACAAACAUAGGAAGAAAUAAAAAAAUGUUGGGAGAUUCUGGCUAAAGUGACCUACCGGGAUUCUUACCAGAUUGCUCAGAUGUCACCUAGGGUAUGGUACAGUAUGAAAAACCAUAUUGGAUAUUGAGAUCGGUCAGAUAUGAAGGAUUGGGAUUCUGGAUAAACCAAGGAUUUUUUAGAAGGAUUCUUGCUAAAAUUAGACAACACAGAGAUGAAGGUGGAAAUACAAAAUUCAAGACCUAGUUAAAAAAGAAGAGUUCAGGGGAACCUGAGUUGAAUUUGGUGGAGUGUAAAAUCUUUGUCCCUUUAAUAUGUGAUGUGAUUUUCACCUGCUAAAGGUUUUAGGAUCCUCUCUUCUUUGAUCCUGGUGUUUUGUUUUUCACAGUGACUGACAGUGUGAAAACACCUCUCUAUAUUCAUUUCUGCCACUUAAUGAAUGGAUUCUAUCAUUCCACUGAUUGUUGAAGGAUAGUAGAAUAUGCUGCCCCCAAAUAUGCCACUUCUGUAUAAGGAUUAUUUUGAGCUGAAGGCAACUGAGAUGAAGUAGACACAGAACAAGCUCUCUGCCCUCCCCAAACUUUCCAAAAAGGGGGACAUGCAUUACUAAGGCUGUCCUCCCUCCCCUCUGUACCAGAAAGGACAGAAAUCAAUCACUGUAGAAAAUUCUAGGUCCUUAUGAACCCAGACACAGAGCCAUAGGAGUUUACAUAACAAACCUGCUAACUAGAUCUUCUUUCCCCUUGUUUCUUCAUAUGUUUGCCUUGUCCUUGGAAGAACAACACACAGUCCUUCAGUAUUAAUGUUAGCCUAGGAUUUUUGUAGGUGUCCUUUGUCAAUUUGAGGCAGCUGUCCUUCUUAACUUGUUGAAAGUUUGGUCCUAAAUGGAUGUCAGAUUCUGUCAAAUGCUUUUUCUGUGUCAAUUAAUAUGAUAGAUUAAAUUUUCCCCAAAAUUGUUA